CUUCUCUCUAAGCUCAUAAUCAUCUGCUUGAUCUCGAGCUCAUUAUUCUCUUCAUUAUAUCGCUUUUAAUCUUUUUCAAUCAUCGAAUCAGCUUGUAAACCUAAUUGCUUCAGGUUAUUACAAAGCGAAGUUCCAAGUUCGUCAUAUCAAAUCUUCUUGAGAUCUUGAUGAAAUAAAAGUCUUAAUUUCCUUGGAACAUGGAGAAGCUUCUUAAGCCGUACGAAAAGCAGUACAUGAAAAUGGCUAUGCUUAAACACGAAGAAACUUUCAAGCAACAGGUAUAUGAACUUCAUAGGUUAUAUCAAGUCCAGAAGAUAUUGAUGAAGAACAUGCAGAUCAACAAGGGAAAUGAUGUAAAUUCAGGACUAGGGACUUUCAUCAGAAGAGUUGACCUUGAGUCUGACCGUCCGGCGAAUUUUCCCGGCGGAGGAGAAUCCGGUGGUAAUAAUAUAGAGAUUAUGGACGAGAGUGAGAUCGAGCUAACGCUUGGACCGUCGUGUUACGGUGGUGAUCUGAUGAGAAUGAACAAGAAGAAGAAGAAGAACUCUUCGCAGGAGAUGAUGGAUGGAAAUUUAAACUCCGGUCGCCGGAGUUUCUCAUCGUCUUCAACAGGGUCAAGCAAUAAUAAUCACAACAAUCUUGAAGAGCAAGUGAGACAAGAGAGAUUGAUGAAACAUCAGAAGCAGAAGCAGCCAUGGCUUCAAGCAUUGACCCUCAAUGUCAUUUGAUAAUAAUUAAUAUUCAUAUUAACUAUAAUCUGAAAUAGAUUUGCAUUUCUUUUUUUUCUCUCUUCAAUUUAGUACCUUUUUUAGUGCUUUAUCUCAUGCCGCUUAUCAGGUGAUCUUUUUCUUUUCUUUUAAAUGCUUAUCAGUAAUUUUUUUUUUUGCUUUACUAGUUCUUUUUAGGUUUCCUGUAAAUAAAAUCAAUAUUAAUGUAUUACUUUGUUUUCGAGUUCAACGUAUACUUGCAUUGCCAGAA